AUGUCCUUACUCUAUGAAUGCAUCAACACCGUUAUAGCUGUGUUGAUAAGCAUAUCGGCUGGUGGUGACCACGCAGCCAGUAUACAGCUAUGUGUUCAAAAACUUGGAGUGUUGAUCGAGGAUUCUGAUCAAAAUCUCAAGUAUCUUGGAUUGCUGGCAAUGGGCAAAAUUCUUCAAACCCAUCCAAAGGCUGUUCAGGCUCAUAAAGAUAUACUAUGUGUUCAAAAACUCGGAGUGUUGAUCGAGGAUUCUGAUCAAAAUCUCAAGUAUCUUGGAUUG